AUGUCUCCCUCAACUAUUGUAGAAAAUUCUACAAACAAUAAUGAAACUAAUACUGCUAUUGAAGAUUUAAAAAAUGAAAAUUCAAAAAAUAAUGAAUAUGAACAUUUAACCAACGUUAAAAUUGUUCAACAAAAACCAAUUGAUCAAAGAUUACAACCAUCUUUAAAAAAUCAUUACUCUCCACAUAUUUCUGAUUUUCAAGAUUAUAAAAAUUUACAUAAACAAUCAAUUGAAGAUCCUGAAACUUUUUAUAAAGAAAAAGCUCAUCAAUUUUUAAAUUGGUUUAAUGAUUUUGAUCAAGUCUUUAUGCCUGAUCCAGUGACAAAAUUACCAUCUUUUGAAAAUAAUGCUUGGUUUUUAAAUGGUACAAUCAAUGCAUGUUAUAAUUGUGUUGAUAGACAUGCUUUAAAAACUCCAGAAAAAGUUGCUUUAAUUUAUGAAGCUGAUGAACCGGGUCAAUCAAUUAAUAUUACUUACAAAGAAUUAUUAGAAAAAGUUUGUCAAGUUGCUCAAGUUUUAAAAUAUUCUAUGAACGUUCAAAAAGGUGAUACUGUUGCUGUUUAUAUGCCAAUGAUUCCACAAGCUAUUAUUACUUUAUUAGCUAUUUCAAGAAUUGGUGCUAUUCAUUCUGUUGUCUUUGCAGGAUUUUCAUCAAAUUCUUUAAGAGAUCGUAUUAAUGAUGCUAAUUCAAAAGUGGUCAUCACUACAGAUGAAUCUUUAAGAGGUGGUAAAAUUAUUGAAACUAAACGUAUCGUUGAUGAUGCUUUAAAAGAAACUCCUCAAGUGACUAACGUCUUAGUUUAUAAACGUACUAAUAACGCUAAUAUGGCUUAUUAUGAAAAGGAUUUGGAUUGGGAUACUGAAGUUAAAAAAUAUAAAACUUACUUCCCAUGUGAGCCUGUUGAUUCUGAACAUCCAUUGUUUUUAUUAUAUACUUCUGGUUCUACUGGUACUCCAAAGGGUGUUCAACAUUCAACUGCAGGGUAUUUGCUAAAUGCUUUAUUGACGAUGCGUUACACUUUCGAUACUCACCAAGAAGAUGUCUUUUUCACUGCAGGUGAUAUUGGUUGGAUUACAGGUCAUACAUAUGUCGUUUAUGGUCCUUUGUCUUAUGGUUGUACCUCUGUUAUCUUUGAAGGUACUCCAGCUUAUCCAAACUUCUCUCGUUAUUGGGAUAUCAUCGAUCAACAUAAAGUUACUCAAUUUUAUGUAGCACCAACUGCUUUACGUCUAUUGAAAAGAGCUGGUGAUGAAUUUAUUGAACCAUAUAAGUUGGAUUCUUUAAGAUCUUUAGGUUCUGUCGGUGAACCAAUUGCUGCAGAAGUUUGGGAAUGGUAUUCUGAAAAGAUUGGUAGAAAUGAUAUUCCAAUUGUUGAUACUUAUUGGCAAACAGAAUCUGGUAGUCAUUUGGUUACUCCAAUGGCAGGCGGUGUCACUCCAAUGAAACCUGGUUCUGCAUCUUUCCCUUUUUUUGGUAUUGAUGCUGUUAUCUUAGAUCCAUCAACUGGUGAAGAAAUCACUACUCCACAUGCUGAAGGUGUCCUUGCAAUUAGACGUGCUUGGCCUUCAUUUGCAAGAACUAUUUGGAAAAAUCAUGAUAGAUUCUUAGAUACUUAUUUGAACCCAUACCCUGGUUAUUAUUUCACUGGUGAUGGUGCCGCAAGAGAUAAAGAUGGUUACAUUUGGAUUUUAGGCCGUGUUGAUGAUGUCGUUAACGUUUCGGGCCAUCGUUUAUCUACCGCAGAAAUCGAAGCUGCAUUGAUUGAAGAUUCAAUUGUAGCUGAAUGUGCUGUGGUUGGAUUCAAUGAUGACUUGACUGGUCAAGCUGUUGCCGCCUUUGUUGUUUUAAAGAAUAAAACUAGUUGGAGUAGUGCCUCUGAAGAAGAAUUACAGGACAUUAAGAAACACUUGAUUCUAACUGUUAGAAAGGAUAUUGGUCCUUUUGCAGCUCCAAAAUUGAUUGUUUUAGUUGAUGAUUUACCAAAGACAAGAUCCGGUAAGAUCAUGAGACGUAUUCUAAGAAAGAUCCUGGCUGGCGAAUCAGAUCAAUUAGGUGAUGUCACUACUCUAUCCAACCCAGGCAUUGUCAGACACUUGAUUGACUCCGUCAAAUUAUGA